AGCAGAGCCACGCGGCAGAUUUUCUAUUCCAUCCCCUUCCUCUACGCAGCCGCCUGGGCCGGCGACGGCGCCUCCUUGAAGCUGUUCUGGCGCCUCCUUGAAGUUGUUCUGGCGCCGCCUCGAAGCUGUUCUGUCGCCAUGUCUACCAAUGGCCUAGAGUUAAACGGGGCCAUUGACGGAAAUGCGGUGUGGAGCGCUCCGGUACUGCCGUUGGAGUCUCAGGAUUCCAUGAACGCUGUGAAUGUGGAGGCGGUCGCUGCCGGCGAGCCACAGGCUGUGGGAAAGGGAGCCACAUAUGACGUUUGCUCCGAAGGGACCAGCGGAUGGACGCAAAGGGCAAACCAAUGAGGGAAAACAGCCGAUCAUGAAGGUGCGGGUGUGAAGCCAUGAUUAGAUUGCUCCGUUCAAAGGACAACGGUUGGUACAUAUCAGAGUUCAAAAUCUGGCCAUAACCACCCGUUGUCUGUGACAUGUGGAGAAAAAUGCAUUGGAAGUCACACAAGCACAUCGAUAGAUACACAAAGGAUCUGGUGAAACAACUCCACGAUAAUAAUGUUGGUCUUGGGAAGGUUUUCAGCAUUGUGGGUAGUUUUUUUUGGCUCAGUUGAAAUACAAAGCGUUCAUUGAAGACACUGUGUAGGAAGCUGAACAAGGACCAGUCAGACUCUGACGCUAUGAAAACAAUGGAAAUUCAGGCUGAUAUGAAAGCAAAUGAUCCUGACUUCAAUUACACCAUGCAAGUAGAUGAAGACAGCAGGAUAAAAACACUCAUGUGGGUUACGAGUAGGGGGUGUGAUCAGUAUCGGUAUUUCGGUGAUGCAAUUACAUUUGACGCAACAUACAGGACCAACCUAUAUGUCAUGCCGUUUGGUCUUUUCGUUGGUGUCAACAAUCACUUUCAGAGUAUAAUCUUUGGAGGGGUUAUGAUGAGAGAUGAGAAAGAAGAAUCUUUCAGGUGGGUGUUCCGGGAGUUCAUACGUAUGGUUGGUGGGAAGCAUCCACAAACUAUACUUACAGAUCAAGUGCGCUCUAUGGAAAUUGCAAUUGAGGCAGAAAUGCCAAAUACAGUACACCGUUGGUGCAAGUGGCAUGUCCUGAAAAAAAGCGAAAGAGUCAAUGGGUGUGCUUUGGAGCAAGAACAGUGAAUUCAAACUGGAGUUUCACAAGCUUGUACAUUACAUGACCACGGAGGAGGAAUUUGAGCAAGGGUGGCAGCAGAUGUUGGACAAGUAGUCACUCAAGAAACAUCCGUUUCUGACGAAGAUAUAUGAAGUCCGGCAUAAAUGGGCUAAACCAUAUUUCAUGGGUGUCUUCUGUGCUAAAAUGACGAACACACAAAGGAGUGAGAGCGCAAAUCACCUGCUGAAGGAGUACGUGCCUCCAGGAUGUCCAAUGCAUCUAUUCCUCAAGCAGUUUGAGAAGCUUCAAUUUGACCGACAAUCCGAAGAAAGCUUCCAGGAGAAAAGAACACCACUGAGUGGUGUAUCUCUUAGAUUUAACCUUCCGUUGGAGAGGCAUGCUAGCAAAGUUUACACGAAGGCCAUGUUUGAGACGUUUGGUGAAGAGUUGUACAAAUGUGGUGCACAUGUACUGGAUGAGAUUGUUCCUAGGAGGAUUUAUAAGUCGACACAUGUUGAAGCAGCGAACAGAGAGAAAUGGAGUAAAGUCCAGUUCAAAAUUGAAGUCAAUGAGGAUGAAAGUUUUUUCAGCUGCGAGUGUGGCAUGUUUGAACAUUCUGGCCUAGUGUGCUGCCAUACUUUGCAGGUGAUGGUUCACUUCCGUUUGGCAAAAAUACCUGAGAAGCACAUAAUGAAGCGCUGGACAAGACAAGCUCGUGACAUUCUCCCGGAACACUUGGUCAGGUACCAGAAAGACAGAGGGCCUCCUGCUAGUGAUACAUUCAGGCACCAGACUAUGUACAUGAAAGCACUUGAGUGUGUGGUGCUUGGUGACAGCAAUGUUGAAUGUUAUGAAGUUUUCAUGAGUAUGAUGAAGGAGGUCCAUGCUACUUUGCUGCCUUUGAGUGUAGAAAAGGAUGGUUUAGGGCUCGCAGAGCGAGAGAAGCAGCAACUUUUGGUAGCCAGUGCUACAGAGGGGGCGAUCUAGGAAAAUGGUGGUGGUGAAGAUGCGGAUAAUGGAGAUGCUGAUUCAAAUUGUUCAGGUGUGGGGGUGCAUCAGAAAAAACGACAGAGGGGGAGACCAACGACAAGUCGAGACAAAGUUCCUUAUGAGAAUCAUCUUAAGAGGUCCAGAUUCUGUACAAUUUGCAGAUUGCAAGGUCACAAAUGCACAACCUGCCCACAGAGAGGAGAUUUGCCAAAGGCUCCAAGGAAAUUGCCGAAGUGUAGCAACUGUGGGGUGGUUGGACAUCGACGGAAUGUCUGUGGCACUAAGAAAAGUGCACCGUUCGAGCCUAAUUUCUUAUAGUUGAUUUAAGAACAUUUUCUGGGUAAGGGGACUGAUCGUGUGAGUGAUUUGUUGUCCUUGUGUUUCUUAGCUUGCCAUGAUGUUCCCCGUAGCCAUUUGGAGAUCGGCGUACAUGCAACU